CCCAAAAACAAAAUUGCAAGAUUUAAUCAAAAUGUCGAACCCAAUCUGCCUACUUUGUUUACAAGUUUUCGACAACGAUGACGCAGGAAAGUCCCCCAAAACAAUAAAAAUUGAAACCCUCUGCAAUCUGCUGGCAUCGUGCCAUCCGAAUUACAAAUAUUUACAUCAAUCUAAAUUCGACGACGGCAAGAUAUGCGAAUUUUGCAAAAAUUGUUAUCCUCUCUUCAGCAGAAUGGAAGAAAUGAAGAGCCAAAUAUCAUUCCUAGAGCAGGAAAUUAGGUCGAAAAUUCAGCAAAUUCAGAGCAGUUUUGAUGCUUCUUCUAAGGUACAAAGUAAUGGGGAUCAUGAAAGGGACAAAAUUAUAGAACUUCGUGACAUGAUUUUCCGCCUGACAGGAGAAAAUGAGGAGCAUGAUGCAAAUUUUGUAUCAGACGAGGUUCAAAUCAAAGUGGAAGAUAAUAUUGAUCCCAUCGGUGAUGUGGAUGACCAAUUCUUUGAUGACGACUAUAAUUCCCAUUCCGCAGAAAUUGUCGAAAAAACAGAGGAGGAAGAAGCUAAUUUACUUGACAAUGAUGAGGAGGAAGACGACAGCGCCUUUUGUAUUACUCCUCACUCUCAAAAGAAGUCGAAAAGGAGACCUACAUUGAAAAUAACCAAGGCAAAACCUUGCAAUAAACGAAAAAUAGACGAUUCUUCCUCACCCAAUGAACAGACAAAAGUGUCGAAGCGGAUUAAAUUGGAGCCCAAAAACCGAAAACCUCCCAGCCUGCAAGCAACACGGACUUCACCCCGCACCAGAAAACAAACCACUCCACCCCCGUGCGUCAAAAGUCUUGUGAUUUCACUCAAUAAGGUCCGUCCCAUGAAAACCUCCGCUCCAAUAUCAAACUCAGAAUCAUCAGAUGAGGACAAUACGAAAUCUGAACCUGGCGAUGAGGACGAUUGGGUUCCUAAAAGUGAGCAUGAUGACUACAUCGAAGCCUCUGACGACGAAGUUGAAGAUAAACAUGACGCCACCUUCCUCUUCCACAAGUGUACCUCCUGUGUCAAAUCUUUCGCCUCCGAAUCCACUCUGAAUGUUCAUAUCGCUCGCUAUCAUUCUGUCCCGUGCAUCGUGCCGUUAUGCCCUAUAAGGUUUCGCACCCAGGCAGCGAGGAACGCCCAUUUGCAGCGUGCGCACCAAGGUCUCGCCCCAUAUCAGUGUCGAAUUUGCAAUAAAAAGUGUCAGCGUAAGAACACCCUCGCUGCUCACAUGGUCAUUCGCCACGAAAAAGGAGAGAAGAAAUUCUCCUGUGCCAAGUGCGACAAGGGUUUCUGUCUCGAGGAAAACUUGGAAAGACAUUUAAAACUGCACGAGAUCGAGGGGAUCAAACCCUUCGUUUGUGACGUUUGCGACUCUCGAUUUAAGAACGAGGAGAAACGGGACCGACACGCAGAGACACACAUACGAGAUAUUAAGUUUCGGUGCCGACAUUGCGGCAAAGGAUACCACGAUAAGCCAAAUAUGGAAAAACACGAGCGUACACACACUGGGGAAAGGCCGCUCAAAUGUUCUCGAUGUGACGCCACCUUCGUCGACAAGCUCACCCUGGAGCGUCACCUCAUCCGAGACCACUCCAAAGUCAAACCCCAUAUUUGUCACAUUUGUGGGAAAGGGUUUUAUCUUCCCUUCGACCUCAAGAUUCAUCUAGAUCGCCAUGAUGGCAAACAUCUGAUCAAAUGUGACACUUGUGGCGACACUUUUAUAGACCCCAAUACGUUACAGGCGCAUCGUGUUAAGUUGCACGGUGAGGACCCGGUCGUUUGUGAUGAAUGCGGCGGAACUUUCACAUCGUUUGGAGGAUUAAAGCUACACAAGAAGAUUCACGUGGGAGACAAAAAGCAUAAAUGCCACAUUUGUGGGGCUGGUUUUGUUCGCAUUUGCGUACUUAAAAUUCACGUGCGAUCUCACACGGGGGAACGACCAUACGCUUGUACGCAGUGCGAUAAAGCUUUCAAGACCAAGAAAAAUUUGAGGAGUCACAUAAAGGGUAUCCACACCGCAGGCUACGUCGUCCCCACUCCUCACAAGUGCCCGCAUUGUAGCAAAGGAUUUCAAUAUCCUUAUGUUCUGGAGGGUCAUAUUCGCGCAGUUCACACUGGAGAGCGGCCUUUCACCUGCAACCAGUGCGGAAAGGGUUUCGCCGUGAACUCAGCGCUAUCUCUGCAUUUGAAAGGGGUCCAUGGCGUUGCUUCGGAAAAGAAAGACAGGUUGCCAAGAUCGAAAAAAGAUACGUUUCACUUAGAAAAUGAAGUCAAUGAUUAAAUUUUAAAUUAGAUAGUAUCAAGUACAUAAAUAUGUACCUAACAACUUAAAUGUUAGUUUUUAUUUUUGCAGUUACAAGUUACAUAAAUAGGUGAUAAACAUUGUUACAGAAUUAGAGUAGUUUAUUCAUAAAUGGUGUCUGGUUUAAUCUGUUUACAAAUGAAUAUCACAUAACAUAUAAAAACCGGCACUUUACAAUUAUCCUGGAACAACUGACGAGAAUAAAUACAAACAUUUUUAAUUUCUAAAA